CCUCAUCGUUCUUUCAACCUUUCUUCUCUCUCUGUUUCUGUCUGGAUUUUCAUCCAAAACAUAACUUGUGCUGAAGUUCACUGCGACAGACCUCCACGAUCAGUCUUUCUGAUCUAUCAAGCAUUUCGGGUAUUAGUGCUUCUGGGUCUAGCUUCUCCGCUGCCCCUGAACAUGGAUCUUCACUUUGACGGAAGUCAAGAUUUUAUAAACGGUUAUAAACUUGAUGAUGGCGCCGCCAGCUCCGAUUCAAACGAUUUACCAUAUCCAGCGAGCGAGUGGGAACUCGACGAAAACUAUCGGAUACUUCUCAACUUCACAACCGAUCCACUGUAUCAACCUUAUGCGUCUCCAGUAAGUUAUGCUCCGCAAUCUAGCGUGAAAUAUGAAGGAUCAGAGCGGUUAGUUUCAUCCUCGACUACAGGACCAGUAGAAGGCAUGUCAGAUGUGGCAGCUGCGUCGACGACUUCGUCCCCAGAUCCUUCUCUGGAAGACGCUGACUUUUCAGAAACUAUGAGGUACAUAAGCCAAAUGCUUAUGGAAGAGAACUUUGAACAGAAGCCAAGCAUGUUUUAUGAUCCCUUGAGUCUACAAGUCACGGAGAAAUCAUUCUAUGAUGCUCUCAGAAAGGAUCAUCCUCCUUCCCCCAAUCAGCAUCCCCUAGACAUUCAUCAGAAUCUUGAUAGCACAGAUGAUAACUGUUGUGCUAGUAGUAAUGAUUUUGUCAAUAACAGUAGCAGCAGCAACAAGUCUCGGGAGGCUAAUAAGCCCUCUUCCUCCUAUGCUUCAUUUUCUGGAGAUUAUGCGUCCCACUUAAAUUUUCAACCCAUCUCUGAGAAACCAUCUCAACCUCCGAGUGCUUAUACUUGUAUCAGCGACGGGCUGUCAGAGGUGGAUUCCUCUUUUACUAAGGUCAUGGCUCAAAAUAUCUUUACUGAUGCAGAAUCCGUUUCACAAUUUAAAAGGGGGUUGGAAGAAGCUAGCAAGUUUCUUCCCAGAGGACUUCAACUUGUCACAGGUCUGGAGAGCAGCAACGUGCUUCCAGAGUCCAUGGGAGCGGCUAAAAAGGCAAUAAGAGAUAUUCGGGAGAAUUCACAUGGAAUGAAGGGUAGGAAGAAUCAUGAACGUGAAGCUAGUGAUACAGAAGAAGGGAGAAGUAACAAGCAGUCGGCAGUGUAUGCCGACGAGAGUGAUAUAUCAGAUAUGUUUGAUAAGGUGUUGCUUAGUGUUGAGAAUGUUCCGAUAUGUGAGGAGCACCACAGAUGGUUGCAGAAUGGAACAGACAAGGCGAAAGAGCCAAUUGAGCAGCUAAAUUCAUCCAACGGGGCGAAGACCCGCGGUAGGAGACAAGGCAGGAAGAAGGAAACCGUGGAUUUAAGGACUCUUAUGGCUCUAUGCGCGCAAGCUGUGUCUGCAAAUGACUGCAGAACUGCCAAUGAACUACUAAAGCAGAUUAGGCAGCAUUCUUCCCCACUAGGUGAUGCAUCACAGAGGCUGGCUCAUUACUUUGCCAAUGGCCUUGAGGCACGCUUGUCUGGCGGUGGUACUGGAACCAAAAUAUUCUAUGCCUCUCUAAGCUCUAAGAGGAUAUCUUCUGCUAAUAUCUUGAGAGCUUACUCGGUUCUAAUAUCUGUCUGCCCCUUCAGGAAGUUUGCAUAUUUUUUCGCAAAUAAGAUGAUUAUGAAAGCAGCUGAAAAGGCAGAAAGUCUUCAUAUUGUCGAUUUUGGCAUUCAAUAUGGUUUCCAGUGGCCAAUACUUAUCAAGUUUCUUUCGCAAAGGGCUGGUGGGCCUCCGAAACUACGCAUCACAGGGAUAGAAUUGCCCCAGGCUGGGUUUCGUCCAGCAGAAUUAAUUGAGGAGACCGGUCGACGUCUAUCCAAUUAUUGCAAGCGUUUUAAUGUUCCGUUUGAAUACACAGCCAUAGCAUCACAAAACUGGGAGACCAUCCCGUUAAAGGACUUUAAGAUUGAGAGCAACGAACUGCUUGCUGUGAACUGUUUGAUGAGAUUUAAAAAUUUACUGGACGAGACGAUUGAAGUAAAAAGUCCUAGAGAUGCAGUUUUGAAUUUGAUCAGAAAGAUGAAUCCUGAUAUUUUUGUUCAAUCCAUUGUCAAUGGAUCCUACAAUGCCCCUUUCUUUGCCACACGGUUCAAAGAGGCACUGUUCCAUUUUUCUGCAAUGUAUGAUAUGUUUGACACCGUCAUACCUCGUGACAAUGAAUGGAGGCUGAUGCUUGAGAGUGAGUUUUUGGGUCGGGAGGUUAUGAAUGUGGUUGCUUGUGAAGGGAUCGAGAGGGUUGAGAGGCCUGAGACAUACAAGCACUGGCAAGUUAGGGGUACAAGGGCUGGUUUCAGGCAGUUCCCACUGCCAGAUGAGAUUAUGGUCAAAUUCAGCGAAAAGUUGAAGGCAUGGUAUCACAGGGAUUUUGUAAUUGAUGAACACAACAACUGGAUGAUUCAGGGCUGGAAGGGCCGCAUCAUUUAUGCUUCCACAUGUUGGGGGCCAUCAUUAUUAAAAGUCAAACUUGUUGGUCCGGUUCUGGUUCAACUGGCAUCUAUGGAUACUCUUCUGGAGAACUUUCCUGGUAACCUGAAUGGAUUUAGAUUCGACAAUGGUCAUAUUUCAGAACUUCCAAACCAGAACCCUAUAAACGGGUUCACCCAUGAUGAUAAAUCGGACGUUUCGUCCUUUCCAACCAAUUCAGAGUUUCAUAGUGAGUCGGGCCAAUCUUCUAGCACGAGCACGAAUGAAGAAUCGGCGGACAGUAACAAAUACUCCAAUCCGGCUCUCAGAUUCAUAAGUGAAAUCCUCUUGGAUGAAGAAGAUGACCUGGAGCGCAAGCCUUGCAUGUUGCAAGAUUGCUUAGCACUCCGGGCUGCUGAAAAAUCUUUCUACGAUGCCCUCGGUCGUAGUUACCCCUCUUCUCCUCGUCAACUCUCUGAUUGCUUCCAUGGUGAAAACACUGAUAGCCCGGAUGAUCAAAACUUCCUUCCUACCCAUAGUUUCGAGAGCAGCAGCAGCUAUACCACUGAUAAUACAUCUGACUCCGAAUGGGUGAACGGUGUUGUCAAUUCCCCAGAAAACAUCCUCGAUAUUUCAGAUCUGCCUCCCGAUCUAUUUGGAGUCACCCUUGAUCGGAGCAAUCUGCAGCUGAAUCUUGGGGGUUCCAUGCGCAACUCAGGAUCCAGAGGAAGAAGGGAAAAGAGAACCCAUCGGAUGAGCGAUUCUAUAAACGAAGGGAGCAGAGGCAGCAAAGUUUCUGCUGUCAGUUCAAAUGAUUCAGAGCCAACGGAAAUGUUUGAUGAAGUGCUUCUCUGUAAUCUCAGAACUAGUCAAUCCGAGUUAUGUGGCCCACAACCAUCUCAAAAUGGUGCACUCCAUCUAAAUGUUGACUCUGGAGGAUCAAGCGGGAAGGCAACGCGUUCAAAGAAAGGGUCUAACAAGGGGUCAGCAGUAGAUUUGUGGACUCUACUAACCCAAUGUGCCCAAGCUGUUGCAAGCUUUGACCAAAGGAAUGCCAAUGAACUUCUCAAGCAGAUCAGGCAGCAUUGUUCCCCUUUUGGCGAUGGGCUCGAACGGUUGGCUCAUUACUUUGCCAAUGGUCUUGAGACCCGUUUGGCUGCUGGGACACCAUCAUAUAACCCCCUCAAUGGCAACGAAGCAACUGCUGCUGAGAUGUUAAAAGCUUACAAACUAUACAUCACAGCGUCUCCUUUCCUCAGGAUCUCAAAUUUCUUGGCCAACAGAACAAUUCUGCAGCUGGUAGAGGGUGAAAAUAACCUUCACAUUAUUGAUUUUGGCAUUUGCUAUGGUUUUCAAUGGCCCUGCCUUAUCCAGCGUCUUUCAGAAAGACAAGGUAGUCCUCCCAAGCUUCGUAUCACAGGAAUUGAGUUUCCUCAAUCAGGGUUUCGGCCUGCAGAGAGGAUUGAGGAGACAGGACGAAGGUUAGCAAACUACUGCAGGAGGUUCAACGUCCCUUUCGAAUACAACUGCUUGGCACAGAAUUGGGAAACCAUCCGACUGGAGGAUCUGAAGAUCGACAGAACCGAAAUAACUGUGGUUAACUGUUUAUACAGAUUGAAGAACCUGCCUGAUGAAACUGUGUCUGUGAACAGUCCAAGGGAUGCUGUCUUGAAGCUGAUAAGGAAGAUCAAUCCAAAUAUUUUCAUACAUGGCGUUGUCAAUGGCACCUUCAAUGCCCCAUUUUUUGUCACUCGGUUCAGGGAGGCAUUGUUCCACUUCUCAUCUUUGUUUGACAUGUUUGAAGCCAAUGUGCCCCGGGAAGAUGCAGAGAGGUUGUGGUUUGAGAAGGGGAUCUUUGGAAGGGACGCCAUGAAUGUUAUAGCGUGCGAGGGGACAGAAAGGGUUGAGAGGCCAGAGACUUACAAGCAGUGGCAGGUUAGGAAUCGUAGAGCUGGAUUCAAGCAACUCCGCAUUAACGCGCAACUCGUUAGUAAAGCUCAAGAAAUGGUGAGGACCGAAUAUCACAAGGACUUUGCGCUGGAUAAGGAUAGCAGGUGGGUUUUGCAGGGAUGGAAAGGGCGUAUCAUUCAUGCUCUUUCUAUCUGGAAACCUGCUUAGACAAUCACGAGAGAGCAUCGUAGUGCGCUCUUGACCUGUUUUUCACCUCGUCCAUUGGAGCAUGGAGUAGAUACUAGAUGGUGUUUUAGUGUUUCCUAGCUAGUGUAGCAUGGCAUUCUCUUGAUAUGUAACGAUUUCUCGGGAAGCUUAGAAAACAUACAUCUGUCGUUAACUUUCCCGCUGGAAGACCUCCAAUGUAAAGAGUUAUACUUAUAUCAUUGAAACGCUUCAUCAUCACAAGACGAACUCUAUAAAAAUAGCCUUGUUUGUACGUAA